ACUAACACUCGGAUAUAACGUAUACUGCAGAGAGCGGGGAUAUGUUCAAUUCUUCUCUCUCUCUCCUCGUCAUAGAGUGUCUUGUUAAGAGUUGUGACGUGUUUCUGGUAUUUACGGAGUAUGAGUCGCUCCUGACAUCACCCUGCUUUCUGCACCAAGGGUUUCAAUGCUGCACUGCAGGAAUUGUUUGUUGUUGAUUUGAUACGAUUUGUGUGCUGAUUGUUACCGUUUGUUUGUUUUUUAGAACUUUAUUUUUCGGUUGUUUUUUUGUUUUGAUUGUUUGUGAGACGGGACUCAAUGAGACGGGAGUCGGUCUCUAAAACUCUGACGGGGGAAGCAGCUAAGAACCUGACUAGAGAGCUGACAUUAACAAGAGAUGCUGCUGCUGUUGCUCAUCAGCACAAACAUAUCAGAACUCACUCUGAACCAGUGCUGCUCACUUAUAACUCUGUACAGAAGGAGAGACAACCUCUAUCACCUUCAAAGAGGUCACUAAGGAAGGUAUGCUAGCGUUUGAGUUCAUCACCUCCAAGGCUAAGGCAAUCAGUAUGCAGGUGGAUUACAACACUACACCACAGGACAUGGCCAAAAAUCUGAUAGACAAGAAGCAUCUGGACAAGAACCACUCUGAGAUCUUCAUAGAGAUGUGUGGCAGAGUCCUGAAGAUGGCCAGAGAACAGCAAGCAGAGAACACGAACAGUAAUAGCAGCGAGGAGUCUGAGUCUACUGACACCGAUCAGAAAACAGUUGAAGAGAACACAGCGUACAAACAGCCAGCUGCCAAGUCACAGAGCGUUGCUAAGCAACCAAAAGAAAAGGAGCCGGCUCCUGCUGCUGUUGCUAAGGAGACAGUCUCUAACGCUCAUUCCAGAUUCAAAGUUAUUCCUGGUAGCGAGUUAGAGCUGAAGGAUAGCUAUGGGAACUCACAAUCAGAAGCCCAGAGAGUGGCCCAGCUGCAAGCUCAGCAGCAGCAGAGAGAGCGGGAUCAGCAGCAGAGAGAGAUCCAACUUCAAAGAGAACGUGAGCUCCAAGCUCAACGGGACCGGGAACAGCAAGCCCAGAUCCAAGCUCAACGGGAGAGAGAUAUACAAGCACAACGAGACAGAGAACUUGCUGCACAACGCGAGAGGGAAAUUGCUGCACAACGCGAGAGAGACCAGGCAGCUCAGCGGGAAAGAGAGGCUGCAGUGCAGCGGGAACGGGACGUGGCUUCACAGAGAGAAUUACAGAUACAGGUUCAGAGGGAACGAGAGAUUCAGCAGCAUCAACAGCAGGCUCAGUCAAGACAGCUGAAUCAGGGUCUAGAUUUUGACCAAGUCUCAACCAAAUCAGAGCACGACAGUGGAACCAACACUCCCCGUGCCAGAACGUCUCCAUCCCUCUCCGGCUCUCUUAUCAGAGAUGGUGACGGGCUAACAGGACAGUUCAAGAUAACGAAGAUAAUUGACCAAAGUGACGAUACUCGAAGUGUUUCCAGUAUUCCUCCCUCACACCACUCCUUACCUCAGGACGUGCUGUACAUGUACCCACCGGGACACCCUCUAGCCGGGCAACUGCACAGUUCCUCGGGGCAGCAGCUCCACAGCUCUCAGGGACCAAAACUACACACCUCCAUGGGACAGCAGCUAGUGGGGCCUCACGGGCAGGUCAUGAACGUGGCCCCUCAGCAGAUGGGGAGCAUGUACUCUGGGGGCGCUAUGAUGGGGCCGCAGUACCUGGUUCAGCAGUACCCGGGAGGACAUUAUCAGACGGUCCCAGGGAUGCAGUCGAGCAUUCAACACGGUAUGCAGCCUGGUAUGCAGCCUGGAUUGCAGCAGGGUAUGCAGCAAGGCAUCCAGCCUGGUUUGCAACAUGGUAUGCAACCUGGUAUACAGCAAGGUAUGCAACCUGGUAUGCAGCCUGGUAUGCAACACAUGCCGAUGCAGCAGAUUAUACCGGGCGCUUAUCCAGGAGACCAGUACCUGAUCCAAUAUUCUGGGAGUGGUCAGCAUGUGAGACACUUGUCAGGCUCGUACCCAUCUCAGCAGGGAGCCGCGCAUCUCGGUACCCAGACUAACAACCACUCUUCUGUUGGUCCUAAAACUACUACCGUCCCUCAACCUACUACUAAGCAGAUGACGGCUACAACAGCUCCAGCACCGAGCUCCAACCCUACUGGUCCCUCUGACAGAUGCUCCCUCUCAACCUUACAGGUCAACUCAGACCAGAGUUCUGAAGCUUCCUCAACACCAGCACCACCCUCUCGUUUCAUCAUCAAACCAGUUGACGAAAACAAACCUGUGGAACCCUCCAACGCGUCCCAAGAUAAACGAUCACACUCCAUCACUAUCGAAUCUGACAAAGAAAACGCUAAAUCUUCAAGCGAACACUUAUCCCAGUUAUCUGUCGGAACACAGCAUCAACAACAACAACAGCAGCAGCAACAACAACAACAACAGCAACAACAACAACAGCAACAACAGCAUCACCAACAUCAGCAACAACAACACGUUUUCACAAAUUCACGCGAUGUGCAAAUCAAAGAGCACAUGUAUGCAGACCAGCACCAGCAUCAGAAGACGUUCACUUCCAACGGUUCUAGUUUAGAAGAUAUCAGACAGUUGCCAGAUUGGUUUAGGAAGGAUCAGGAUUACAUCGCUCUUAUUUCUAAGCAUGACAACGAAAUCAACGAAACCAAAGCCAGACACAACUCAGAGACAAGGAGUUUGUAUCAGAAGAAAGUGCAUUCCACAGCACAUUCCAGUCUGUCCAGCAUCACCAUGACACGUGACAGGUCUGUAAGUGAGAAGAAGAAAAGUGAUCACGUGAUAUCACCUCCAUCAGAACCUCGUGACGUCACUCCCUUGUGGAAGAGCACGUCGGCUCCCCUCCGCAAAUCCUCUAAAACCUAUACCAGGUCCAGAUCAGGAUCGACCUCGAACUCUGAUCUGAUGGGAGUGUUACCCCAGAUUCUAUCCGCUACAAGCAUAGAAACAGACAGUCACGGCAAGUGUGCCAGUAUUGAGAGUCAGAACUUAUCUUCUGAGCUUGUCCACAGACACAGCAACCUUGAAAUGCACGAGGCAUCAAGCAAUCAAGUUAUGUACCCGAUGAUGAUGUCGCAACAAUCCUUCCCUAGCGCCUGGACGCACGGACAGAGUUGGCAGCACCAACAUUCCUUUCCUCAGUGGGGCUCUGCUUCACAUUCACUUCAGGCGGGACCUGGGGGAGUACAGAGACAAGUGAUAAUAGUCCCACAGCAGUCAGGUGGGAACAUUGUUCACCCCUCCUACAUGUCCAACAGCCAGUCCACCAUGUCCCUGCCUCAGGGCUACCAGGUGCUCCGCACCGAGGACUUUCCUAACAUCCACAACUGAGAUUCUGUCACGUCAUCAUGAACAGUACGCGAGGAAAUGUGUUGCCCGAGUUUUGCUUGUGGUCGAGAAGUUUUCCCGGUUGUUUUGUGAGCGUGACCUUUCAAUUCUGAUCAACCUACUGCGUGACAUCGUCUCAGAAGCGCGUGACGUCAUCUUAAAAACCACGUGACGUCACGGAAGCAUCUCGUUUUGACAUCUCUAAUGCUUUGUUGUGGUGAUUUAAAAACUUGAGUAAUUUAUUUGGGAUUAUAGCCCCAUUGAGUUGACAGAAAGUAUGUGAUUGUAAGUUAAGAUACCUUGUAAUGUUGCCACGGUAACAAAGUAUUACUACUUUGCCGGGAUUUUCUGUUUUUACUGCACGGAUUUUAUGCAGAUGUGUUUUUAUUCAACUUUUCAGCUGUGUAAAUACUUCAUUACAUUUACAUGAUGAGAAAAUUAUGUGAUUUUCCGAAAGACGAGUUAUUUACCCACGCAUGUGAUAACGUCCUUGUUGGCUUUAUCUGAGCGGUUAAGAUUUAAAUCUUAAAUUAAGAAUACGCUUAUUUUAUCUAUCGUGAACAUUUUAAAAGCCAAUAAGGAAAUCAUCGUGUUUCAAAGCAUACAAUAUGCGACCAAAAGAAAGCUGCGUUUGCUUUAUAUAAUUAUUAAUUAGUUGAUAUGAACUUUUUGAUUUCGUAGGUUUGCUAGCUUUGCCAUCAUUCACGAUUUCUCGAAUUUUUGUAAUAUUUUUCUUACCUUCAUCCAAGCAAUAUUCACUUCACUGUAUUAUGUUUAUUUAAAAGAUGAUCAAGUUUUUACCUAGAGUAAAUUAAUAACAGUAUAAGUGAUUAGCGCACUGUCAGUGAAAUAUAUAUUGUUUUAAAAGGGAUUAAAUUUUUAUUUGUGAAGCUAUGUUUAUUAUUGAUUUAAUGUUAGGUAGCGCUGAACAUGCUGUAUUUCUAUUUGGGGUUCACGGUGCAUGGAGAGACGCUGGAUCAACUAUGUGGAAUGUUCUGGAUCUGUUUUUCAACGACAACAAUGUUAUUAAGAUACUGAUGAUUCUGUUGUUAUGAAGAAUAUUGGAAUUUUCAAUAAAAUAA